GAUGGCUGAGAGAGAGGAGACCUUGCUGUCUCUUGUGGAGGAAUUUGUUUCGGGAUCACAGGACAGCAAAGCCAAAGAAACAGCUGCCGGUGUCAAAGACGAGCAGUUUAGCGUGCUGCAGCUUGUGGAAGCACUCGGGCCAAGUCUCACGAGUUCUCAACCUCACACCCGAGCAAGAGGUGUCCAGCUGCUUUCUGAAGUUCUGCAGGACUGCUAUGCCAACCUCACAGAGAGAGAAGUGGAAGUUCUAAUAUCCUUCUAUGAAAAUCGGCUAAAGGACCACUACGUCAUUACCCCUCCUGUCCUAAAAGGACUCUCUGCUCUGUCAAGAUGUCCGAAGUUGCCUCCGGGGUCUGCUGUUUCCAUGCUGAGAACUUUGUUCCAGGAUGUUCAAGUUCAGUCUUUGAUGUUAGCUGAGAGACAGUGUGUCUACAACAUGCUUAUCAAUCUCAUGGAAACAAGAGAAGCUGAACUGAAAGGUUUGGGUGCCGAUUUUGUUUUUGGAUUUGUGCAGUCAAUGGAUGGAGAAAGAGAUCCGCGUAACCUCCUGCUAGCCUUUCACAUUGCCAAGAAUAUCAUCCACAGAGGAUAUGAUUUAGGUAAAUUCGCGGAGGAAUUGUUUGAGGUGACCUCUUGCUACUUCCCAAUUGACUUCACACCUCCUUCAAAUGACCCACAUGGCAUCACCAGGGAGGAAUUAAUUCUGGUGUUGAGAGAUGUUCUCAGUGGAACACCAAAGUUUGCAGAGUUCUUAUUGCCUUUGAUCAUUGAAAAGCUGGAUUCAGACGUACCGAGCGCCAAGCUGGACUCGCUACAGACCUUGACUGCAUGCAUGUUGUGUUAUGAGCAAAAGGAUUUGGCAGAAUUUCUUGAUGGGCUGUGGAUGUCGCUACGCAGGGAGGUAUUUCAAACCUCCAGUGAAAAGGUUGAGUCUGCAGGCCUCGCCGCUCUCACCGCAGUCACUUCCUGCCUGUCUCGCUCUGUCCUCAACUCCGAGUCUGAAGACUCACUCUGCACUUUCCUGGGUGCUGUUCUCAAAGACUGCAAGCACCACCUCUGUGAGCCCGACCUGAAGCUUGUGUGGCCCAGUGCGAAGUUGCUCCAAGCAGCGUGUUGUGCCUCCAACAGGGCCAGUCAUAUCAUUACAGCUGCUGUCAUGCCUGAUCUUGUGGAGCAGUACAACAGCAGAACACAGUGUUCCCAUCGAAGAACUCUGUUAGAGGUGGUUCAGAGAUUCACACAGUCUGUAAAAAGUGGCAGCCCUACAGAGAAUGAAGAAAACGUGCUUUCACCAUUUCGUUCAUCACUAUGCAGUCUGGUAUUCUCAGCUUUAGUGGAGACCAACUCCAGCUUACAGGUCACAGCCACCGCUGUCCUUGCCUCACUCGCGCACUAUCCAGGUUUGUUGUUGGACCAUGAUAUUGAGCUGGCUGUGGAUCACUUGACCAGACUGCUGCUGUCAGAGGAGGAUGACAAAGUCAGUCUGGCCGUGGUGGAAUGUGCAAGGCAGGUGGCUGAGCUUCAGCCAACACCAUUUAUCACCCAAAUGAUCCCAAAGCUAAAGAACUUCUUGAUAUCAGAGCCUAUGCUGCAGGAUGGAGAUGAUCUUAAACAGAAAUCGUACCACGUGGUACGUCAGCGCUGCUUAUCUGCACUCGCCGCGGUAUCUUCCCAGCCAUGUGUCAUCCAAGAGAGCGCACCACUCCUCUUAGAUAUUCUCAAGGCAACACACACAGGAGAGGUCUGCUUCACUGGAGAGGAGAUUGUAUUGACAUGUCGUAGUCUUCAAAAGAUUGCAGAGCAAGCUAAGGUCACUGAGGAGAUUGGACAGUGCUUCCAUGAUUUAGUCAUCCCACGACUGCUAUCUCUGGCGCUGCAAGCAGCUCUGCAAGCUGAGAAGUCACCUGAGGAUCACAGUCCUCUCGUGAAAGAGGAUGUCCUGUCCGCUAUGGUUCCUGUCAUCAGCAACUCCUGUUCCAGACUGCACCCUGGGUUGGCGAGUCAGACGGCAUCGAGAGCUGUUUCUCUCUUCCUGGACGGCGACGUUUCUUUUUUGCCAAGCAACUCUUUCCCCUCACAGAUCCGUCUGCUCAAGGGAGACUCGUGGAGCCUGACGCAGCUGGUCUGUCUGCUCAUGGCCUGUGUGUGCUCUCUACCUCGCACUGUGGCGGUGCCUCAGCUGGAGCGCCUGCUGUCAGAGUUGGAGGAGAUGAGCUGCACAUGCAGCCACUUGUUCUCAUACACAUCUGCUGCCAAGUGUUUCGCUGGCCUCGUCAAUAAAAUCCCACAAGGUGAGCUGCUGGACACCCUGCUGGAGAGAACUAUGGCACGAGUUUCUACAGAGUUAGACUCUUCGUCUUUGUGUGGACAGACCCAAGCAUUCACACUCCUGAUCUGGGUUGCCAAAGCUCUACUGGUUCGUUACCACCCACUGUCAAAUGCACUGACAGACAAGCUCUUCUCUGCGCUUGACGAUGAACACCUUGGUCCCCUGGUGGCAGACGGCUUCUCCAUGCUCAUGAGCGACUCGUACGAUGUGCUGAACCGCAACUGUCAUGCCGAUGUACGGAUCAUGUACCGUCAGCGCUUCUUCAGCGAGAACUCGGCCAAGUUGGUCAAAGGCUUCAACGCUGCUCCGCAAGAGAAGAAACCCAACUAUCUGAAGGCUCUGUCCAACAUCGUAAACAAACUGCCCAAACAAGUCCAAGUUACUGAACUACCAGCGCUCCUAUCUCUGCUCCUGGAAGCGCUGUCGUGUCCUGACCAGAGCGUCCAACUGUCCACUCUGUCCUGUCUGGAGCCGGUCCUGGCUGAUCCGCCGCCAGCACUAAUCCAGCAGCUGGAGGCUUUGGUGACCCGCCUCACAGCCCUCACAGGCAGCCCUUCCAUGAACGUGAAGAUCGCUUCGCUACGAUGCAUCAACACUCUGUCACACUUUCCUGUCCAUGAGGUCUUGCCAUUCCGGGCCCGAAUAAUCCGAGCAUUAGCCAAACCUCUAGAUGACAAGAAGCGACUUGUAAGGAGGGAAGCAGUUCUUGCACGAGGAGAAUGGUUUCUCCUGGGGAGUCCUGGUGGAAGGUGAUUGUCAACCUUUUCUGGCCGCACCCAGAUGUAAGGGAGCAACUGAUGCCCAAGUUACAGCACCUCUCAUCACUCCCCUUUCACAUUCACGCACAAGUCCUGCAUCACACCCCCAGCAGAUGAAACCUGUUGAGUUCUGUCUUUUGUUUCUGCUCACUUAUAUUUAUGACAGGCACGUUAGAACAAACGUGCAAGUUAUGCAACAUGCCUCAUUUUAGUGCUCCGUGAUGAGUGUCGGAGAAAUGCCUGAAGUGCUUGCUGGUAGAGAUUUUGGUUCAUGAUUUCAUCGUGCCAAACUUAAAACAUAGAGCCUCAUUGUUUCAGUGGGACAAUUACUGUCAGUGUUGUAACCAGAACAAAAGCUGGUUUAAACUUCAUGCAGACCACAGCUGACAGAUUUUUGAAUGACAUUUGAGUGUCCCUCUUGCUGUCAACAGUCACUGAAACAUCAUACUGAACACCAAAUCUAUUGAUGUGAUUAAUUUGUUCAAGCUUCCCAUCUGGAUGUACAUGUCUUUGUUUUUAAAUUUUUGCUACAUUUAAUAGCAAGGCUCAUGUCAACGAUUGUAUGUGUCUUACGUAAAAAGGGGUCAUAUGACUGCCGUGUGUCAUCGUUUUCAUCUGGACACGCAGAGGACAAACUAAAGCAUUAAUAAAAACGUCACUUUUUAAUGAAACUGAAUUUCCCGUUCCUUAAAAAUUCACAGACACAUGAGAGUAAGUCAUAGAAAAUCCACUGUUCAUAUCAAAGCAUACUCAACAGGACACACCAAGACCCACAGUCGUGAAAAGGAUAUGGAUGAAUGUAGAAAAAAUAUAAAGAAGGCUUUUUCACAAGUUGAGCAAAAGAAAAUAGUACAGAACAUAAUUCACAGUGUGUUUCAGCCCUGGCUAAUAUUGAAGUCAGUGUUUCCUUUGGUUCUUCAACUACAGUUGAGUUCAGACUUGUGCGGUGUAGAAAUGUGUCUUUUUUGUGUUUUUUUUGUCAAAGGACCUGUAAACCCAAGAUCAGUCUUCCUCUAUUGGCUCAAUGUUGCAUGUCCGCAGCAAACCAUGAGUGCAUCACAAAAAUGACUGUUUACGUGCAUCUGUGGGGAGAAAAUGAAGUCAACUAUGAUGAAAUGCAGUGCAUUG